AUGAAGUACCUCGAGGAGCGUGAUGUGGACGUGGCAAUUGUCCAAGAACCAUGGCUUGUCAAAGGUAAGGUCAUUGGACUUGGACUGAGUGGGUAUCAUCUCUACACUCCACAUGCACAAGGUAAGAUUAGAACCUGUGUAGUUGCAAAGAAGGGUCUUAAUAUUUUUCCCUUAACUUCUUACAGCAAUGGAGAUCUCACAGCGGUAGUAUGUGAACAAAGGCACAGGCCCAGCUUGCUGCUAACGUCCGCAUACUUUCCGUACGAUGAAGAAGAACCACCACCAGCAGCCUUUCGAGCACUGACUGCUUAUGCAAAAUCACGAGAAUUGUUUCUGAUAGCUGGUUGCGAUGCAAAUGGACAUCACGAGCUCUGGGGUAGCAGUGAUACCAAUAGCAGGGGUGAGUCCAUUUUUGAUUUUAUUCUUUCUACUAGCCUAACUUUAUGCAAUAAAGGCAAUAAGCCAACAUUUCGCAAUAGGGUUAGGGAAGAGGUUAUUGAUAUUACAGUGGUCACAGAUUCUAAUUACUUUAAAGUAGACAAUUGGAGAGUAUCAGACACGCACUUCUUUUCGGAUCACUGUCGGAUACACUUCACCAUCAAUCUAGAAGUUAAUAGUCCAAGACCAUACAGAAAUCCCAAAAAUGCCGACUGGUCAAAUUUUUCGAAACUUGUGAACCAAAAGCUAAUUCGGACAAACGUCAAAAUUGGUCAAGCGAACGCAAACAUUAAUAAAGUGGUCGGUCGCAUUACGGGUAUCUUGAACAAAUCUUUUGAAUCAGCUUGCCCCCUAACUAGGCCAAAAACCAAACCUCAACCGGUUUGGUGGAGUGCGGAAUUAAGGGUGCUGAGAACUACUUCCAGAAAACUCUGCAACAAGGCAAAAGGCAGCCAGCAAGAAGAGCAUGGAAAUUUUUAUAAAGCCAGUUUUAAUAUGUGUAAAAGCAGAAUUAAAACUGUAAAGAGAAAUUCCUGGCAACAGUUCUGCGGAACUAUUGAGACUAUAAAUGAAGCAUCAAGGUUACGAAGGAUACUAUCUGGAGAAUCAACAACCCUGGGCAGUAUUAAAAAACCAGACGGCUUAUGGACAGACUCGAGUCAGGAAUCCCUUAAUAUUUUAAUGAUGACACACUUUCCAGGCUACACCGACUCGAUUGACUGUGAAUCACAGUUAAAUCCUGUCCAAGCAGCUAGGACUGACGUCGUAAAUAUUAUUAGCAGAGAUAAAGUUACUUGGGCAAUUAACUCCUUUGAUCCUUACAAAUCGUCGGAACCAGACGGAAUAAUACGUGCCAUGAUGCAACACUCUGCUGAAAGCGUGGGUCCUUUUCAAGAUGCUUAA